CUGUCAGCCUAACGGCAAAAUUCCCUGUUUAGUGUAUCGUGCGCUGGAAUUUGGGUUUAAUUAAUAAAUCUUCCUAUUUAAUUCUACUUUUCUCGAAAACGAUGGCAUUUCGUGUUCAGUUCGAAAAUAAUAACGAAAUUGGUGUUUUUUCCAAAUUAACAAACGCCUACUGUUUAGUGGCUAUCGGAGGAUCGGAAAAUUUUUACAGUACCUUUGAGGGCGACCUAGCUGACACGAUACCAGUUGUCCAUGCUUCUGUAGCAGGAUGUCGAAUAAUUGGACGAAUGUGUGUAGGAAAUAAAAAUGGUUUGUUAGUACCAAGCACAACAUUUGACACAGAAUUGCAACACAUUAGAAACGCAUUACCUGAUUCUGUGAAAGUGCAGAGAGUUGAAGAACGGUUGUCUGCACUCGGAAAUGUUAUAGCAUGUAACGACUAUGUUGCUUUAGUUCACCCGGACCUUGAUAGAGAAACUGAAGAAAUCAUUGCUGAUACAUUAAAAGUAGAGGUAUUUAGGCAAACAGUGGCAAAUAAUGUUCUUGUUGGUUCAUACUGUGUACUGAGUAACCAAGGGGGGUUAGUCCAUCCUAACACAAGUGUAGUUGAUUUGGAGGAACUAUCAUCUCUUUUACAAGUGCCCUUAGUUGCAGGAACUGUCAAUAGAGGCAGUGAAGUGGUUGGUGCAGGAUUAGUUGUUAAUGAUUGGGCAGCCUUUGCAGGGAUGGAUACAACUUCUACUGAACUUUCAGUUAUUGAAUCAAUAUUUAAACUGAGUGGUGCUGGACCAUCUUCAAUAACAUCCAAGAUGAGGGCGAGCAUCAUUGAAAGCAUGUCCUAAGAAACCUACAGUGUCUCAUUUUGCAAAAAAUAUAAGGAACAGAAAAAAUGUGAUAUGGUUUUUGUAUAUACCAAGCAACAUAAUUUCAAGUAUGAUUAUGUAUAUGUGGCUAACAUUCAUCAUUUAGUAAAUAAAUCCCAACAUUUGAA